GUGUGUGUAAAUAGAUACCUUUCUGUAGACGGCCCAAAGCCCAGUCAGAGAGAAAGUUAAAACGGGUUUGAUCGGUUUUUGCUUUAUCUGGAGGUUUUCAUAGUCGAUCGUCGUUUUAGGAAAAUUGCAGUACUGAAAAUACUGUCAGACACGCGUUGAGGAUAGUAGAUUACAGUCAGAAAUGUCCACAAAUACGAGACGUGAUCAUAGAAAUAAACGAAAUAAGUCCAGUCAGAUCAUGAAAGACAUAGCCUACAGCAUCCUAUUCAACAUAUUCGUGGUAAUACACAUGCUUGUGGAUUACUUGAUUGAGCUGGUACUGAAAUGGUACUGGGGACCGACUCGUAUGCGAUGUCCACCGUUACAACGAAAACGAGUAAUCUUGACGUACAGUGUACAGGAACUAGCAAAAAUGAUACGCAGCAAGGAAGUAAGCUGUUACGAAGUCGUCAGUGCCUACAUUGAUCGUUUGAACGAGGUCAACCCAAUUGUAAAUGCCGUGGUUGAUGGGCCGUUCAUUGAAGCUCUCGAAGAAGCAAGAUCGAUUGAUGACAGGAUCCAAAGAGGUUUGAUUUCGGAAAAUGAAUUCACCGAGAAACCGUUUCUUGGUAUACCGUUUACAACGAAGGAUAGUACAGCCGUGAAAGAUAAACUCCAUACGCUGGGCAUUUUGGCUCGAAGAAACGUAAAAUCCAAAGAUGAUGCUGAAUGUGUCAAGUUGAUGAAAGAUGCUGGGGCUAUUAUCAUUGCGACCACGAAUAUUCCGGAAAUAAACAGAUGGCAGGAAACAAGAAACAACUUGAUUGGCCAAACAAAUAAUCCGUACGAUAGCCGACGUACGGUAGGAGGCUCGAGUGGUGGAGAAGCAGCUCUGAUAACGACUUGUGGCAGCGCCUUCGGACUAGGUACCGAUAUUGGAGGUUCAAUCCGAAUGCCAGCAUUUUACUGUGGUAUUUUCGGCCACAAACCUACGUCAGGCAUCGUCAACACCCGUGGUUGUACAUUACGCACUGGACGAGAGGUUUCCACAAUGGUCGUUGCUGGACCAAUGACCCGCUACGCUUCCGAUCUACGCCCCAUAAUGAAGACUCUAGUUGGUCCUAAAGCAACCGUAGCCCUGAAACUCAACGAAAAGACUGAUUUGAAAAAGCUGCGUUACUUCUAUUGCACCAGUUCAGGCGAUAUACGAUGCAGCUCAGUGCAUCCACAACUGCAGAGGGCCAUGGGUCGAGUGGUUGAUCACUUCCAGAAUAUUGCCCCCGACGGUGUUCGGAAGGUUACGUUGAAGGGUACAGAAAAAACGAGCCAAAUGUGGCGCUACUGGAUGACUCAAGAGCCGGCCAGUUUCAACAAUCUGCUAGGUAACGGAAAACAACUAUCCCCAUUUGUGGAAUUAGCCAAGAAAAUCACCGGCAGCAGCGAAUACACCAUGGCCUCUAUAUACUCACUGAUUGAUAGUGUCAUGCCGCCGGAAAAGGCUGAUAAAAUCAAAGAGAUUACACGUCAGUGUGACCAGGAGCUUACUGAUCUACUCGGAGAUGAUGGUAUUUUGUUCUAUCACAGUACAACUCACUCUGCUCCCUAUCACUAUUCUGCAUUUGUGAAUGUAUACAACUUUAGCUACUGGUGCCUCUUCAACGUUCUUCAUGUUCCGGCUACUCAAGUUCCUCUGGGUCUGGACCCGGACGGUUUGCCACUGGGUAUUCAAAUUGUUGCAACCCGGAAUCGAGAUCGCCAUUGUUUGGCGGUAGCAGAGGAGCUCGAACGUGCAUUCAGCGGUCACAUUCCACCGUUUAUUAUAGAUUAGUACUGAGAGGCUGCGUUUUUUUUGUUCGGGAUAUUAUGCUACAACGGAGUUUUAUGUUGGUUCAGGUACUGGUUAUACAACGGUGCGGAUUAGUGAAAGAGAUUUAUUUAAUGAUUUAUAGUUUAUUCUACUUUAUUUCUUGCCACAACAUCUACGGGACUAGUGAAGAAUCAGUUAUUUAUGAGGUCAAUAAAAGUUCAUUGAA